UACUGAUAGAGUUGAAUGACUUUGAAUGAAGAAAGUAUAUUAAUCGCAUUUUUCCUCUUUUGUGUUUGGAUUUAUUUUUAUCUAUUAGGCAACCUGAUUACGUCUAGGGUAUUUUAGAAUCAUCUGGUUGUUUGUAUUUGUUGUUAUGGUAUUUAGUACGUAGAUAAUAAAUAUUUAGCUGGAGGCGUGUGUGUAACCUAGCGACAUAGGGCCAACAGCGCCAUAUGAUGUAAUCCUUAGUGAUGUAAUGUAGCUAAAUUAAUCCUUUAUAUCGCUAUAUAUUCAGUAGGAAUUCGUUUCAGACUUCAUUCGGUCGAGAGACACCAUAGGCUCUAUUUUAGAUGCUACCUAUGCUAGGGUAAAAUCUACAUGUGAGUAAAAUCUAUGUCACUCUAGACUAUGAUAUCUAUACAGUCUCUAUUCGAUUUACCUAAUACAGUCCUCUUAAGUUAAUCAAUUGUUUUUUCUAACGAGUUUUAAUCUAACGGGUAGUCAGAAGUUAGGCUGGCUAAGCGAUUUCUGACAGGAGAGGGAUAUUUGUCCAAAAUUUCUUUCCGUUUUGGACAGGUCAAAUUCUGUGCCGAAUUUUCCAUCGAUAAUUUUUGCCAGCUGGGCAGAAAUAGGUGGGCCUCUCUCUGUGGAUGGCAGUAAGGCCUCAUCAAUUGAGGUCAGUAGGGCCUCAUUUUCCAUCUCUGAUGGAUCAGAAGGAUCAAAUUCCGCCCCUCCAAAUAAACUUAAGGCAUCCUCCUCUGAGGGACGAGCAUUUGAUAGGUCAAUGUUGGGAGAUCCCAUCCCAUUAGUUGCUGUCUCUGCAGCAGUGGCUGUUGCUAUCUCUGUAGCUGCUGAAAUUGCAUUCAGUGAUGAGGCAGGAUGUGCUUUCGGGGAAGCUACAAAUGAGGGAUUAAGACCCAAUUUUGCCCUUUUACAUGCGGGGUCAAAUGCUUCAUUUGAAACGGAAAAGUUUGUGUCUUUCUCGACCAAAAUUGACAGAAUUUUUGAAUUCUCACUUAACCUUUGCUCCAUCUGAGACAUCAAAGUCAUGAGAAGAUUCGGAUCAAAGGUCAAAUCAGGCUUGGGAACUGUAGAUGGCUCUUCUGAGAUCUCAAUAUCGAGGUCAUCAGAAGACAUGGUUUCGGUGAAAGAAAGAGAAAUUAACUUGAGUACAAAAAUGAAAACUUAUCUGUUCAAGCUGCAGAAAUCCGACAACAAAAAACCACGAGUGGAACGAACACGUUGUCUGGCGGCGGCAAGGCAUGCACAACUGGUUGGCGCAUGCGCGGCACUCUCUCUCGUACAAUUACGUAACGACGUAGGCUGGUAACGAAAUAGAAUUAACUGCCAGCGCAGAAUGCGCCAACCUGCGAAUAACUGGCGAAACUACGCCAUGGCUGCGCCCACAUUAUUCGUUUUACGACAGGGUCCCUAGGAUGCAAAGAGUUACACACAAAUCCAGAUGUCAGUAACUGCGGGAUCAGAAAGUGUCUAUACCUAAGGACAGAGAAAGGCCAAUCAGAAAAAGGCAAGCACAUGACCGAUCAACCGAGUCAAGCAAAUGAGAAGUAUGAUCCAUUCAAAGUCUGUCCCUUGGUUUCAAAGUCCUACCAUCCCAAUUAACAGAUCACAUUCUGAAAGCGAGUGGAAAGAUACCUGGAAGUCUGCAGUACUGAAAGCAAAGGAAAGAAAAGAUCCAUGGGAAGAGUACAAUAUUCCAGACUCUUGUGAUGUUGAGAGGGCAUACCGCUAUAGAUACAGUGCUUUAGAAAAAAAGUGGGUUAGAGAUGAAAUUGAAGUUAAAAUGCAAACUGAGUCUUUUGCAAGAGGAGCCAUGAGAAAAUGUUUUCGCACAAAAAAAUUGUCCAAAUUUAGUCACAGCAAUGACUGGAAUAAUGCAUCAAACUAUGUGGCAAAGCAGUAUAUUGAGGAAGUGGCAAAAAAGGUAUACUUUGAUGAUGUUAAAAUUCAAAUGGAUGCCAAGGUAUGGGCUGAAGAAUACAAUAGAAAAGAUCCACCAAAGAAGGUUGACAUUUUUCAAGUAUACAUUGUUGAGCUAUAUCAGCGAGAAAAUAGGCCACUCUUUCAUUUCGAACACUUUAUCGAAGGAAAAUAUGUGAAAUAUAAUUCAAAUUCUGGAUACGUGCUGGCAGACCUGAAUUUUCGAAUGACUCCACAGGCUUUUAGUCACUUCACAUUUGAGCGCUCAGGUCAUCAGUUGAUCGUUGUUGACAUUCAAGGUGUUGGCGAUUUGUACACCGAUCCACAAAUACACACUGCUUGCGGUUCAGAGUAUGGAGAAGGGAAUCUCGGUGCAAAGGGCAUGGCCUUGUUCUUUGCAUCUCAUCGGUGCAACAAAAUAUGCAAGGAUUUGGGGCUUGCUCCCUUUGAUCUCAGUCCCUUGGAAGAGCGAAGAAUUGACGACAUUUUGAGUUCAUCAGAACCAUCAACAAAGUUACGUGAUAAAUACUAUAUUAGCAAACGGAAGAUGACAGCGAUGUUUGAUCUGGUUGAAAUAUUAUCAGAUCAUUCACACUCUGGUAAUUCUUCUGACUGUGGUAGUGACGUGGAAAGUACCAGAUCGUUCUCGUUAUCAGAUGAUAUUUCAUUUGAGGACUGCUCUCACUUUUCUGUGGAGAGUGAUUCAUCUAGAUCGGAUAACGACGAAGGGCACAUUGGUGUGUUUUUUGCAAAAUUUAACAGGAAGAAAUCUUCCGUUCUUCCCAUCGCCAUUCCUCCCAUAAAUAAAGAAAUUCAAGAUUCUGUAAAAGAAAAUGUCGAAGCAUAUUCGGAUGUUGACAGUAUUGACUAUGAAAGCUUACAGGAAUCCGUGCUCGGAACGGUACAUUUAGAGCUUGUGUUUUACAACGAAAUUGGUCGAUUUACAGACAACGAGCCUGAUUUUGACUCCGCAAUAUUCCACAUGGAGCAUGCUGCGUCCUGCGGCUUGAUCGAGGCACUAAGAGAGCUUGCCAAAUUAUAUUUACAGCUGCCCCACAAGAUUCUCGAGGAUUACGUGCUGGAGGAAAAUGAUAUGAACUAUGAGACAGGAAUGAAAUAUCUACUUUCUGCUGCAAAAGAAAAUGACAGAGAAUCGGUACUUAUUGCUGCAACUAUCUUAGAUAAUGGCGAGCGACUUUGCAAAAAGAGAAGCCGAUCCUGGCCAGAUGCGAUCUACUUUUAUGAACAAGGUUUGAGGCUAAGUGAGACUCAAUACGAAGAUUUUGAUGAUUACCCAUCCUAUAAGGUCUACGCUCGAAUGGCUGAAAUGUAUAAAGAAGGUGGUUUCGGGCUUGACAAAGAUACAGAUAAAGCAGCUGAAAUGUAUAAUAAUGCUGCUGAAGCGGCUAUGAACGCUAUGAAAGGAAAAAUUGCAAAUCGUUUCUAUAUACUUGCGGAGGAAGUUGCGUACGAAUCCUAGGAACGCAUCCCUUCUCCUUACUUUGUCUCUAGGCAAUUAAAGGCUGCAUUUUCAUUUAUAGCAAAGGUAAAUGUUGUUUAAUUGCAAGGGCAAUCCAGCCAAGAUUUGUUUCAAUUACAAUGGAUUUAUUGAACAGCUAAGAGCCUGUUUAUGUGGAGAAAAUUUCAGUGGCAUUUUACCGAUGACGCAGGGAACCCACUGAACGAAAAUUCCACCUUAUAUCGGUUUGCUACAUAAAAUAGCACAACCGUCAACACGAGAAAACCUUUUCCUGACUACCCGAGAUACCAAUAACCACUAAUAUGAUACCACAAGGAAAUAUUUUACCGUCAAGGCAGGGAAAUGUAUAUUCUCUGCACACUCGCAAUUCAGACUUUUCAUUCAGAAUGGCUCUAAAGUUAUCCUGGCAAAUAUCCCUAUAUACAACAUUAAUGAUUAUUACCUGGACUUGCCCAGAUCCCAGUUUGCUGCGAAAAUGCCGGGAACUUUCUCCGUUUGAACACGGUCUAAUGACAGCAGCGUCGCCUUCAAAGCUGUAUGCAGGCAUUCUCGGCAGCAAGAAAGAGAGAUAUUUUCACUUAAAUAUAAAAAAUGCUUCAAGUUUUUUUCUAGUUCUAGUGAUUUCUGUUUUAUAUCUGAUUUCAAAUGCAGACAUCGAUACAUUUAAAAUAAUUAUAUUACCAUCUUUGUGAAUAAACACACCGUAUAUCGUUAGUAACCUACACAAUUCAAUUGCUACGAUGAUAAUUUCCAAGUAUUGGUUUUAAAAAAAUCUACUGUUACUGAGCAUCAUGUUUCCG